AUGCUAGAAACGGCCGUGCGAAGAGGAACAGCCAAAGAAGCCAUCGACUACCUGUCAUGGCUCCUCUUCCCGGUCCUAACUGGGAUAGUAUUACAUUACUUUCCCCAGUUAGACUCAUGGGCACGCGACAAGCUUGCCAAGAGGACAGUCGAAGACGCCGAGAACCCUGAACCGGACCGGCAAACUGAAACCACCCGACCCGUUGCUCAGGGUGUCAACGCCUCCGGCCCUCUUUCUCAGGGGAGUGGGUCGGGGGUAACUCUAGAGAGCUUCAUGACUGAGUGUCAAAGCUUCAUAGAUUCAGAAACGCAGGCGAGGGCCGAGUUACUGGAAACUUUGAACGGCAUCAAGACGGCGCUCCAAGCCCGUCAACACUCUGGUCAUCCCGUGGCUAGCCCGGUGGCAGCCCCUGAAACUACAGCCGCUGACGCUGGAACCUCAACCACUGAGGAUCAGGCUCCUGAGGAGGUUAGACCCCCAGAUGCUGCAGACCCAGUGCCUGUCAAUCUUGAGGUUCCAGCUCCAGAGGUUGUAGCCGAAGGGGUGGUGAACCCAAAGCCGACAAUUUGUUGCUGCCCUAGAGCGAGGGCCCCUCGAUGUGGAAAGGUGGUAUCUCGCCGGAUCAAGAGGUUCAUCCGCGGGAUCCUGCGGUCUGGGGAAAGGUGA